CUUCACUUAUUGGUUAUUGUACUAAAACAUUCAUUCUCUUCCUUGUUCAUCCAUGGCUACUUACUGCAAUAUUAUCUCUUGUGGGUGGCUUUUCCUUGCUGGUUUCUCACUUUUCAUCCACACACUAGCACAAACAGACAAUUAUAUAGUUCACAUGGAUUUAUCCGCCAUGCCCAAAGCCUUCUCUAGCCAGCAUAGCUGGUAUUUGGCCACUCUUUCUUCAGCGUUUGCAGUAUCUACUAUCAGAAGCACCAUUACUCCUACCUCACACUCCUCUUCUAAACUUAUCUAUACUUAUACCCAUGCAAUCUCUGGUUUUAGUGCUCAUCUCUCUCCUUCUGAGCUUGAGGCCUUGAAGAACUCUUCUGGCUACAUUUCCUCCUUUAAAGACCUCCCUGUUAAACUCGACACAACUCGUACACCAACAUUUCUAGGUCUCACCUCCAAUUCUGGAGCAUGGCAGGCGUCGAAUUAUGGGGAAGAUGUCAUUAUCGGAUUCGUAGAUACAGGUAUUUGGCCGGAAAGUGAGAGCUACAGUGACAGUGGAAUUUCUGGAAUUCCAAAAAGAUGGAAAGGAGAGUGUGAGAGUGGCACCAACUUCAACGCUUCAUUAUGCAACAAGAAGCUCAUUGGAGCUCGAUUUUUUAACAAAGGUCUAAUUGCCAGGGAUCCUAACAUCACCAUAUCCAUGAAUUCAACUCGUGAUACGGACGGCCACGGGACCCACACCUCGAGUACGGCGGCUGGGAAUUUUGUGAAAGGUGCUUCAUUCUUUGGCUAUGCCCCAGGAACUGCAAGUGGAGUGGCUCCCAGGGCCCGUGUAGCCGUGUAUAAGGCCCUUUGGGGCGAAGGUGCUACUUCUUCUGAUAUAAUUGCUGCAAUUGAUCAAGCAAUUAUUGAUGGAGUUGAUGUGUUAUCCCUAUCAUUUGGCUUAGACGGGAUUCCUUUGUAUGAAGACCCCAUUGCCUUGGCGUCAUUUGCGGCCUUAGAAAAGAAUAUAUUUGUGUCAACUUCCGCAGGAAACCAAGGGCCUUCAUUUGAGACAAUACACAACGGAAUUCCCUGGGUGCUAACUGUUGCAGCUGGUACUGUAGACCGUGAAUAUGAUGCGGUUUUCACACUUGGCAAUGGAGUUUCAGUCACUGGCUUAGCUCUUUAUCCUGGGAAUUAUACUUCUACUCAAGUUCCAAUUGUUUUCUUGGAUGCAUGUCUUAGUGAACAAUUGAAUAAUGUUAGGCAAAAAAUUGUUGUCUGCCAAGACAGGAAUUUUUCCUUAGCCGACCAAUAUGAAAACCUGAGGAACGCUAAUAUCACCGGAGGUAUCUUCAUAACAAAUUUCAGAGACCUGGAAUAUUUUAUCCUAAGCGAAUUUCCAGCAAUAUUUGUGAAUCCAAAGGAUGGGGAAACUAUCAAGGAUUUCAUCAAGAGUAGCACCAAGCCACAGGCAAGCAUGGAGUUUCGGAAAACAAAUCUGGGUAUUAAAGCAGCUCCAAGUCUCACUAGCUACAGCUCUAGAGGACCAUCCCUAAGUUGCCCGUUUGUCAUGAAGCCUGACAUUAUGGCGCCUGGUUCUUUAAUCUUAGCUGCAUGGCCUCAAAACGUUGAAGUGAUGAGAAUCAACUAUGAACCACUAUUCAGCAACUUCAAUAUCCUGUCCGGAACAUCCAUGGCUAGCCCAAAUGCAGCAGGUGUGGCAGCACUCUUGAGGAAGGCACAUCCCGAAUGGAGCCCAGCGGCUAUCCGAUCGGCGAUGGUGACAACUGCUAAUACCAUGGAUCACAUUCGAGGGCCUAUCAAAGAUAUUGGGAAUGACAACCAACCGGCCACUCCUUUGGACAUGGGAGCUGGUCAGGUGAAUCCUAACAAGGCACUAGACCCUGGGCUCAUUUAUGACCUGAAUUCAACUGAUUACGUGAAACUCCUAUGCGCAUUAAACUUCACCCAAAAACAAAUCCAAUCUAUCACAAAGUCACCUUCUAACGAUUGCUCCUUCCCGUCUUUGGACCUUAACUAUCCUUCUUUUGUGGCCUUCUUCAACUCUAACUCCUCAAGAUUGGGUUUGACAACCGUCCAAGAAUUUCACAGAACAGUGACCAAUGUGGGAGAGGCAAAGUCAACUUACACCGCAAGUGUUACGCCCAUGAUUGGGUUAAAGGUCCGUGUCAUGCCAGAAAAGUUGGAGUUCAAAGCCAAGAACGAGAAGCUAAACUACAAACUGAUCAUAAAAGGUCCAAGACAGCUCAAUGAAAGCGUAGUUUUUGGCGAUCUUAGCUGGGUUGAUGUUGAGGGUAGACGAGUUGUCAGGAGUCCCAUAGUAGCCUCAGGCCUGCCUGCAAAGGCGCUUUCGUCUUAGAAUAUGUAACUUAUUAAUUACCUUUGUACGCGUUAACAAAUGGUAAAAUAUUCAAUUUCAUACAUGAAAA